ACCCAUCACUAUAAAAUUUGAAUGACGGAUAUCGUCAGGGUGGGUCGACAUUUCAUUGUUACAAUAUUUUUGAUGAAAAUUAAAUGAUUUCUUUAAAACUGUAGAUGUGUCAGUGAUUCAUUAAUACGCUUAUAAUGUGGGAUCCUACUCACGUGCAAGUAACCGUCCAAAGAGCUCGUGGACUUCUUAUAAAAGGUAAAAAUGGUACAAAUAACUGUUUUGUUACCAUUGCCCUCGGUAAAGAAAAAUUCCAAACUUCCGUCAAACAUAAAGCCACUCAAAAUGUAGAAUGGCUUGAGGAGUGCGAACUACGUAUACCUUCGCAAGGAAAUACCGCAGAGAUUGUGCUGAAAGUUUACGACGAAGAUUUCGUAAAAGAUCAUUUACUAGGUCAAGUAUCGAUUCCGUUAAAAGACCUCGAUGUAUACGAGCGGCCCAGGAACAGAUUGUUUAAACUCAAAGGAAAAGCAGGCAAAGAAAAUGAUAAAGACAGGGGUGAAUUAGAAGUUAAAAUCGGCUUCACCGUGAAAGAGGGAAGCUUAACUGAUCUCAGUAAGAAAGAUAAGCACAGAGCAUCGCUCUCUAGUCUAGCCCAAAAUGUCGGGGGCAGUCUUAUGAGCAUUGGCAGUAUUGAAAAGCGGAAGAGCAUCAAAAAGUUUGCCAAAAACCUUGGGUCAAAAAUUAAUCUGAAUAAUAAAAAAGAAAAAAAGAGUGAUUCAUCAUCUCUAAGUGGUAGUGUUGGCAACCUCAAGAGUUCUGCCCUAUCUACUCCUGAUCAUUCCACUCCAAAGCGAUUGCAAGGUGAAGCAGACCCAGGAGUUAUCAGUGAAGAUGAUGAUGAGUUUGCUUUUGAUGAUUUGUCUCACAAAAGUUCAGGCAGUUCACUUAAUGUUCAAACAAGCUAUGCACCUCGAAGCUUUAAAUACACCCCAUCCCCCGUAAAUGCAUCUCUCGAAAACCUAGGCGGAGGUGAAUUUCUCAGACGGUCUACCAGCAGCACUUUAGCAAUCCCGGAAAAAACUGCUCCACAAAAACCUGUCCGCCUAAGCCUUGAUACAUUUUCACCUCCACAAUUACCCGCUCAAACAAUGGAUUCUAAUGAUGAAUGGUCACAAAAACUGUUACCGAGAAAAUCAACCAGUCAAUUGGCAAUUGACAGGGAAAAGUCUUCAAGUCUUGAAAGAAACAAAAAGCUUGAUAGCCCAAGUUCACUUAAAGAAAAGCCCAGUCCAAAAUUCUUUAAGAAAUUUGGCAACAGUAAUAAACCUAAAAAAUUACUUGAGGAGCGUAUUAUUGUAGGUGAAGAAAAUAUUGUUGAAGAAGACACUAUAAACCCUGCAUACAAUAAUAUACCUAAAACAAUUUUGCAACAAUUUGACGGAAAAUCACGGGAAGAUCUUAUCAUUUUGAUAUACAGUUUACAAAAGGAUGUUGAAUCAGAAAAGAAGAAAAACAAAGAUUUAGAAAACUAUUUGGAUGAAUUACUAUUGAGAGUGAUGGAAACUACACCUAGGAUCUUGCAAAACCCUUAUGUCAGAAACAAUAGCAUGCAUAUUCGAAACAAGUAACUUAAAAAUUGAGUAAAAAAUUUAUGAUCCAGUACUUUAUCUAUUUCACGAUCGCGUGUGAUUGAUGUGGCAAGCCUGAUUCUUUGCAAUAUUGGUGUAAUAUUGAUAAUUGUUUGAAACUUGUGCUUAUUAACUAUUUUCUUUACAUUAUUUAUGGUUAUUAACAUAGUGCUUGUUUGAUUUAUUUAAUUUCAAUUCGUUUUAAAUACAGUUAAUUCAAGUGAAGUGCAAUGUAAUACUACUAAUAUCAUUAAUUUCAUAAACAUUAAUUUGUAUUGUCAUCUGCUUGUAUUAGAAAGUUAUGAAACUAUUUGUAGACAAAUACUGUUAUGUUCAUAGAAAUUUUCAACUUUCACCUCAUAUAACCCACACCCCAAUUGGGUUGACGAGUGAAAAAUGUGCCUUAUGUACCAGAAUGUAUCUGUGAUAUGCAAAAUCAAUUGAGUUUCAGGUAUUAACUCAAAAUAGAUUGGUUUAUUUAGAUAUUAAAUCAUAUCAUAUCAGACCGAAAAUCAAUCUUUUUAUCAGGUUAGAAAAACAAUGAUAAUACAUUGUGGUCAUACUUAAAUAUGUAUGUGUCAUUAUUAUUUUGAUAUUGAUGAAAAAUAAUGAAAUAUUUCUCGUUUUAUGAUAUAAUAGUGGCAAUAUUUAGUGUUGGAUUAUAUAGAAACAUCCUUUCUCAUCCAGUAGUGACAAUGUUUACCAUUUAUUCUAACAGCCUAUAACAAUGUUGUAAAUCUUGAAUUUUUGAAUAUUUUUAGAAUACCAAAAAAUUUAUAACAUACAUUUUACUAUGUAAACUUCACUGCCUCAGAUUUAUAUACAGAUUUACACUUCUAUUAUUGUAUGCCUAUUUCAUACUCUCGGUCUAUACUCAACUUAGUUACAGUUGCUCUAAACUAUAAGUGCCAAAGUUUAUAACUAUGCUGUAAACUAUAUAAUUUAAAAGAUAUGAUUGAUUUUUAAUUUAUAUUGAGGUAAAACAAACAUUUAAUUUUCUAUUUUGUAUUAAAACAGAUUUGUGUACGUAAAUAUUUUUUAAACUGCGUAUAUAAGUACCUACCUUGUACACUGAGUACAUACGUAUUUCUAUGUAGGUGUUCCUUAUUGACUGCUGGAUGAAAUUAAUACGGAAUUCUCAACAGACACAGAGACAAUACAUGUUUUGUUAAUAAUGAUGAUGUCAUAGGUCUAAUUCACGUAACAAUGGAUGACUCAGAGGCAGAUUAUACUUUUAAUAUUUUCUUACUGUUAUUAACAGCUCGAAGCGACUUAAAAGUAUUCUUUCCAAAGGUGAGAGUGUUAAGUAGAAAAGAUUCAUUAAUUAAUUACUUAUGUAGAUGUAGGUAAUUAGAAAGUUAUCAUAGUGAGUAACUUUCUGCUUACCAUUACAAGCUGUAAAUUUGUCUAUAGACUUGUCACGAUGACGUCACACGAUAAACAAAUACCUGCGUAGACAACGGUACAAUCUCAGACGCAUUCCAGCGAAGUCUAUAGAUAUUUCCGGUAAGUAGAAUAAUAGCAUUAUAACAACAUUCAUUAACAUUAUUUAUAAAAGGUAAUACUUACUAAUUAUGUUAAUGUAUUUGUCAUCAAAUUAUCAACUAUUACUUUCUUUGUUUAGUGUAGGUAGGAAUAGGCGAAAACCUAAUAGUAAUAUUAAAAUAUCGCCUGUAGUACUCAUGUGUUGGUAACUGGUACCUAUUGUAUAUAAAAGAUAGAUUUUUAAUUAAGCAAAAAGUUCAUUCCAUUGCUAACGCAUAAUACCUAUACGAGCAGAGCCGCCAAAAUUAAAUGAAUGUAUUAUGCUGGUAACCUUUGUUGAACCAUAGGUUAUUUAUGAUGAUUUAAAAGGGACAACGUGAUCUAAUUUUGUAAGCAAUAUAACGUGUCAUAUUCACAUUAUAAAACCGUUUUAAA